AUUACAAAAUUGAGAUUGCUGGACAAAAGGGAGAGGACGUUGGGACGCUCGGCGCAGCAGGAAGGCUCCCAUCAUCAGCGAUCCCGUAUUACUAGCUGGAGAGAGGACCUUCUGUCCAGAUGAGAGAGUGGACUGAGUUGGAGAUGAGCUUUUCAGCAGGGGGCUUUCUCUCCGCCUCGGACGGUUACUGCUCCACAGAGCAGCUCCAGUAUUACGACAUGCUGGCUGACCCUCUGGGCUACCCCCUACAGGACCCUGACCUCCAGCUGCUCCCUUACAGCCAACAACAGUACAGCCCCGCCACACUGCCCUUCUCCCUCUAUGGCUCUCCACCCUCCUCCACCUCCUCCCCCUCCUCGUCCUCCUCCUCCUCGCAGCCCUGCCAUCCUCCGUACCACUACAGCCCUCAUUGCCUGGAGGCCCCCUGCGAUCCCAGCCCCGAGCCCCACUGCGGGGUCCUGGCUCAGGGGCUCGGAGCAGUGGGACUGCCUCUGGGGCGGAGGACGCGGACAGGGUCGGGAGGGAAGAGCAGAGGUCAGGAUGAGCUGUGUGUGGUGUGUGGAGAUAAAGCGUCAGGAUAUCACUACAACGCUCUGACCUGCGAGGGAUGUAAAGGUUUCUUCAGGCGCAGCGUGACUAAAAAGGCGGUGUAUCACUGUAAGAGCGGCGGCGGCUGUGAGAUGGACAUGUACAUGAGGAGGAAGUGCCAAGACUGCCGGCUGAGGAAAUGCCGCGCUGUGGGAAUGCUGGCAGAGUGCCUUCUGACAGAGGUGCAGUGCCAGUCCAAACGACUGAGGAAAGGAGGAAAAGGCAGAGGACAGGAGGACGAGGACAACACAGACAGCAGGAGGGUCAGCUCAACCAGCAGGAUACCUGGACAGCAGGCUUUGUCUGCCAGUUUAACUCGCGAACAGAAGUACAUGGUGGACAGGAUGGUGGAGGCCCAUCGACUGUACAGAGCACAGGACAGCAGCCACUGCAGGCUGUUUGAGUGGCCGUGCACAGAAGAAGGGGAGCGUUUCUCAGAUGUUGUGUCACCCCACCUGCAGUGGCUGCUACAGUUUGCCAGGACGGUGCCAGGCUUUGACCUUCUGGAUUUUUGUGACCAGAGCUCUCUCAUGUCCGUAUCCUCUUUGGAGGUCAUGUUCCUGCUCUCAGCUCAGCAGUUCUCCCACAACCCCACAGGCCCUAGUCCAGCCCUGCAGAUUUUCAGUAUGUCAACACACGGCUGGCUGAGAAACACGGAGACAAAGGAAAACUUCCACAACCGGACGCCGUUCAGCUCCGGAGCCAGUGAGGAUCUCUUGGGGCCGGUGCUCAACUUCUUCCACAGCAUGGCGACUCUGCUGACGGAGGCUGAGUACGCGCUGCUCACCGCCACAGCUCUGCUCUGCUCAGACCGGGCGUCCCUGCAGGCAGCCAGCUGCGUUGAGAAAAUGCAGGAAUUGAUUCUGGACCUGCUGUCCAGAAUGUGUGGGGCCCACGCUGGAGCUGCACGAGGGGGACCUCAGCGGUUUGGCCGCCUGCUGGGCAGACUGACGGAGCUGCGGACCCUCCGUCACAACUACCUCCUCUUGACGAGACGGAGAGGACACACAGCGACAGGAGGAAGCCACCAACAUCAUCUCUGAGGAGUUUGGAUUGAAGGACUUCACUUAUCCUCUAUGGGCUGAGAAAUUUUAGACAGACAUUUACAAAAUGCAAGCUUUUACCUGAUAGUGAUCAGAUUGUUGGAUUCUUUGGUCUCACGCACAAAUCUGCCAUUUUGUCAGUUAACCCUUUGAAACCAGAGCAAACUGGCUUGAUUUCUUUAUCAAAAAACAUGGAAAGAAGGAAAUGAGUAAAAAAAAGUACAAGGAAAUAACCUGAGAAAUAGAUAAAGAGGUAGGUCAAAAACCAAAAACAAACAAGGAAAAAAAGAUUUUUAUAACAUUGUUUUAUAUAUGUAACUAUAAAUAU